AUGUUCGAUCCGUCAAGCACGUUCUUGACGAGCCAUCAACGGACUGCAGUGCGUUUCGGAAGUGGGAUCAACAGAGAUGCCGUACUGUCUGAGAUCACCUGGAAAACGGAUGCGUUGAAAAAGGGCAAAGCGCCUUUUGGUGUUCAUUCUAUCUUGGAAAUGACUUUCUCGGAUGGUAGCACAUGGCACACGCAAAAGUACGUGGCCGGGAACUGUGUCGUCGUUGAUCUCACGCGUGGCGGCGUGGCAGGGGAUGCUAUCCGAGGUCCACUUCGCGGACAGGCCUUGAAGGACCAAGGCUGGGUUUGGACUUCCCCGACAAAAGCUUCAGACAUUGUCAGGUUUGUGUGCGCGUCUGAGCACAUGGAGAAGUACGAUACCCGGGACUACAACUGCCACAAGUACGCACAGGACGUCUGGAAUUUUUGUGUGGUCUUCAGUCAUCAGGUCUGGUGGCGACCUGACAUGAUCAAGGCGCGACUAUUCGGCGGCUUGGUGGGUCAUAGAGUCGGCUUCGAUGAUGACGAUUACGGCUACGACGAUUACGGCUACGACGAUGCUGACUAUGACGAUGACUACGACUAA